ACCAAAUAAGAUGCUAUUCGAAACGUCAAUUGAAGGGCAUAACAAAUGAUACGGGGUUUUAUGAUAAUUGAAGCAAUCGUUUAUUUUAACUUCUCUUUGUUCGAAGUUAAUGUUUUAUUGGGGAAAUGCAGGUAUUCGCAUAGACAAGUAUUGGGAAAUCCUCUGCUGUUUUAUAUAACAGACGUGGGGGCGCCCUAUUGCUUUUAGUGAAAGGCUGGUAGGCUUUUAAGGUGGUGUUUGAAGACAAAGUAAUACGCGUUUUAAAUAUCAUCGGCUCUGGUUAACGUUUGAAAGAUAGGGCACCAAAGCAAUGAAUUGUCUUUUCGCUGUUAUAUCAGGCAUCAUAUUUGUCCAGGUGUAUCUGAGUGGAGUAAGCUCGUCCGGCGCGUGGUACGCUGGGACUGACCACUACUGGCCAAUGAGCGCCGUGCAAUACUGGCGAGUGCAUGAGUGGUACAGAAGAUACAAGGAGCUUUGGACAGGGAUCUUACGCGGGGGAUCACAAGAUACGACCUACUCCCCCGCUAAUGUGGGCAUCAGUAUGGCCGCAACAGACUCAUGGCUCGACCUACAAAGCCACAACGACACGUGCUACGUAGAACCCGCCCUUUGCACCGAGGGGCUCAGCCUGGCAUUCUGGGUAAACAUCCGGGGAACGGCCUACAACAAUACCCUGCUGUCUUUUGGGGGCUGCGAUCGCGGGCUCAGGCUUAAUCGGUUGGAUGCCGGGGAACUGGAAGUAAGACUGAAAAGCGCGGUCCUGGGGGAGACUUGGCGCCUGCAGUCUCCUAGCGGUAAAGUGGACAGCGGUCGUUGGCAUCAUAUUGUGGUCACGUGGAAUGCGAGUGAUGGCCUCAAGCUAUACCUCGACGGCUCGAGAUUACAAGACGUCAUCAACACACACUCAACAAACCAGUCGACCUGGGUGGCUACCAACUGGUCCUUGAUGUUAGGGCGGGAACCCUGUUGUGGCGUGACCACACCAAUGGACUUGGACGAGCUGGCGCUCUGGUCGUACCCGAUUAGUAACGAAACUGUGGCCAAGGUGUACGAGUGGAGAACAGGGGUGUGGAAAUCCCAUCUCGGCUGUCCAGGAGGCUGGACAUCUUUCCAACAGUUCUGCUAUCACGCAUCAGUCGAGAAUCCAUCGAGCUGGACCAGCGCUCGCUCCACGUGUAAGGCCAACAGCGCCGAUCUUGCCAGCAUCGUGAGUGCAGAGGAGUUUACCUUCACGGAGAAGUUGUUACGAGGUUUUCAGGGCUGUGUGUAUAUCGGCCUGACCAGUCCACAGGGCUUGAACUAUAGCUGGACGGACGGCAGUAUAUGGGGCUUUCAUAAACUGGUGAAUGCGUCCAGGGCGGCGAGAACAAACAGCAGCCUGAAUCAGUGCGUUCAUCGGGUUGAGGAUGGAACAUGGCGUGUGGGGGACUGUUCUCAGCUCUGCGGUCACGUUUGUAAGAGGUAUCGAGCAGGGAUUUUCCAAAGAGGCGAAUUCUACUGCCGAACCAAGUUUUUUGACCAGGGGCUUGCGGAACAUCGAACCUCCAUCAUAGGAGUAGAAGCACAGAUGGACUGUGCAUUAGCGUGUCUGAUAUACGGCCAGGGAUUGUGCCGCUCUUAUAAUUACCAACAGUAUAGCACAGGCUACCCGCAAUACCAGGACAGGCGCAUCUGUGAAUUGAACUGGUCAAAAGACCACAAGCACCUCGUGGCCAAAUAUGGGUUUCAGUACUGUGAGAGAUUAUGAGGAUAGGUGUUUCUGUAUAUAUCACAACCUGUAAAUACUGAAUACACACGCUUCGUAUUAUACUGGGACAGGCUUAUCCUGUGAAUUGCACAGGUCGAAUGUGUGCCAUAACAAAUGAUUAAGUGUCCUAUUAUGAUUACAGAACAGUGUAUACUGUAAAUAUUCAUUUUAAUAUUAAAAAAGUGAUUUUACAAAAGGAUAA